UUUAUCAGGCAAUAACAUGUUGACAGUUUGCUUUGAAUCAUUUGUUUUGAUCCUUUCAUCUCUCACUCUGUGAUGAAUCGAUUACAUUAAGAGAAAGUUGUUCUUCAUUUUAUGUAAUUGUUUUUAUCAUUUGAUUGGAAUUUCAAUUGCCGUUCAAUUACGCCUAAGUUAACCUCCUCUUUUCUGUCAAUGGCUUGGAGAAGUCAUGGACGUGAUAACGCUGAUAUGGUUCACAAUUUGAAAAAGAAUGGUAUCAUCAAGUCUGAAAGGGUUGAAUCAGCUAUGUUGGCCAUUGAUCGAGCUAAUUAUUGUAAGCAAAAUUCUUACACGGAUGCCCCUCAAAAGAUUGGAUAUGCUGUGACAAUAUCGGCUCCUCAUAUGCAUGCUCAUACUCUAGAACUACUCAAAGAUCAUCUUGUAGAAGGUGCUAAUGCUCUCGAUGUCGGUUCUGGUUCUGGUUAUUUAACGGCAUGUAUGGCCAUUAUGGUGGGUGCCUCUGGUAAGGUUUAUGGUAUCGAUCAUAUUCCAGAAUUAGUUGAACAAUCUAAACGCAAUAUUGAAAAAGAUUCGCCUGAUUUACUCAAAACUGAAAGAGUUACACUUGUUGUUGGUGAUGGCCGAAAAGGAUAUGCACCUGGGGCACCUUAUGAUGCUAUCCACGUCGGAGCAGCGGCUCCAAUAUUACCUAAAGAUCUUGUUGCUCAAUUAAAGCCUGGCGGAAGAUUAAUUAUACCAGUCGGACCCGAGCACGAAGGUCAAAAGCUAGAGCAAUUGGAUAAAUCACCUGAUGGGACUGUUACUCGUAGUACAAUUAUGGAUGUUUUGUUUGUACCUUUGACUGAUCGAGAGGCUCAAUGGCCCUGCAAGUAGAUUAAACGUCAAGCUUCCAAACUUUUUCUUAUUCUCGUCAAUUAACACAAAAUAUUCGAAUGCAUUAUGAAAAAACUCGAGAUAUACAAUACGAGUAUGUAGAUGGCAUAUUAAAAAGUAAUCAAAGUCGAGGAUGAUUUAAUUUUGCCAAACACUACAAUUGUUUUAGAUCUCUUGUCUUUCAACUAACUCGUAACGAAUCUUUGUUUUGUUUUCAAUUGUAUUUUUUCAAAAAUAAGAGAUAAUAAAAAGCAGCGAUGAAAUAUCAAAA